AUGUCAAAAGGUGAUACAAUUAAUAUUGGAGAUGUGUCCUACAAGUUGAAAAUGCCUAAGAACCCAGAACUUGUGCCACAGAACUACAUUUCAGAACCUCUAGCUCAAUCUAUGGUUCAGCAUCUGAGAUGGAUAAUGCAGAAGGAUCUUUUGGGGCAAGAUAUUUUUUUAAUUGGACCUCCUGGGCCUCUUCGACGCUCUAUUGCUAUGCAGUACUUGGAACUGACCAAACAGGAGGUUGAAUAUAUUGCUCUGUCCAGGGACACCACUGAAACUGAUCUCAAACAGCGACGGGAGAUCCGUUCAGGAACAGCUUUUUACAUUGAUCAGUGUGCAGUUCGUGCCGCCACAGAAGGCAGAACUCUCAUUUUGGAAGGCCUGGAAAAGGCAGAGAGGAAUGUUCUUCCUGUGCUGAACAACUUGCUGGAAAACAGGGAGAUGCAGCUGGAAGAUGGGCGCUUCCUGAUGUCUGCUGAGCAUUAUGACAAGCUUCUCAAAGAUCAUACCAAAGCAGAGUUGGAUGCUUGGAAAAUCGUCCGUGUUAGUGAAAAUUUCCGAGUGAUUGCUUUGGGCUUGCCAGUGCCCAGGUACUCUGGAAACCCAUUAGAUCCCCCUCUCCGCUCUCGAUUUCAAGCCAGAGAUAUUUAUUUUCUUCCCUUCAAGCGUUUUGAACUCCAGGAUUCAGGAAGCUCUAUGCUUCCUAAAGAGAUUGUAAGAGUGCAGAGAGUGACUGAAAACCAUGCCUCUGAAGCUCAUGUGACUCUCCAAGUUGCUGGAAAAGAGGUGACCAUUAAGGGAAUACUGUGUGCUAAUCAGCCUCUGAGUUCUAAAUGCAACAUUGAGGUAUGGAGAGUUUCUCAGCUGUUGUCCUUUGCCACAACUCUCUGUUCCCAAGAAUCUUCUACUCUUGGACUUCCAGAUUUUCCUUUAGAUAGUUUACCAGCUGCAGUUAAAAUCCUGGAUUCCUUUCCUAUGAUAUCAAUCAAACAUGCAAUCCAGUGGCUUUAUCCAUACACUAUUUUACUAGGAAAUGAAGGGAAGAUGGCUGUGGAAGAUGUUUUAAAAGUGCCAGCUGGGACCAGGCCAUUAGGUCAACCUUGUGUAUCAGACCACUUCAUACAGACCUUAAGUCAUAAGCAGCUAUUGGCUGAACUGGUGCAGUCUCAUAUGGUUAAGGACAUAUGUUUAAUUGGAGGAAAGGGUUGUGGAAAAACAGUCAUUGCUAAGAACUUUGCUGAUAUCUUAGGAUACAACAUAGAGCCUAUUAUGCUAUAUCAGGAUAUGACAGCACGUGAUCUGCUACAGCAGAGAUACACUCUUCCAAAUGGAGACACUGCCUGGAGAUCCUCCCCGCUUGUGACUGCUGCUGUGGAGGGCAAGCUGGUCCUGCUGGACGGCAUUCACCGGGUCAAUGCUGGCACGCUGGCCGUCUUGCAAAGGUUAAUCCAUGAUCGAGAGCUCAGCCUCUAUGAUGGCUCUAGGCUGCUGAGAGAAGACAGAUACAUGCGCUUAAAAGAGGAGCUGCAGUUGUCUGACCAGCAACUGCAAGAGAGAUCUAUUUUUCCCAUCCACCCUUCCUUCAGAAUCAUUGCCUUGGCAGAGCCCCCUGUUAUUGGAAGCACAGCCCAGCAGUGGCUGGGGCCAGAAUUCUUAACAAUGUUCUUUUUCCAUUAUAUGAAACCACUUGUGAAAAGUGAAGAAAUCCAAGUGAUUAAAGAAAUGGUCCCAAAUACACCUCAGGAAGCUUUGCAGAAAUUGUUAUCAUUUACUCACAAACUCAGAGAAACCCAGGAUCCAACGGCACAAUCCCUGGCAGCCUCACUUUCUACUCGACAGCUAUUACGGAUUUCUCGUCGGCUGUCACAGUAUCCUAAUGAAAAUCUCCAUGGUGCUGUUACUAAGGCAUGUCUUUCCAGGUUCCUCCCAAGCCUUGCUAAGUCAGCAUUAGAAAAAAAUUUGGCAGAUGCUGCAAUAGAUGUAAGCACUGCUGAUAAUCUGGAACCAGAACUGGAGAAUUUCAAAUGUGAAGUAGUUUCUGGAUCUCUGAGGAUUGGCGCAGUUAGUGCACCAAUAUACAAUGCCCAUGAGAAAAUGAAGGUGCCUGAUGUUCUCUUCUAUGACAAUGUUCAGCACAUGAUGGUAAUGGAAGACAUGCUGAAAGAUUUUCUCCUUGGAGAACAUCUGUUAUUGGUCGGCAACCAGGGUGUAGGAAAAAACAAGAUUGUUGACAGAUUCCUUCACCUGCUCAACAGACCCCGAGAAUAUAUCCAGCUGCACAGAGACACCACUGUGCAAACACUUACUCUUCAGCCGUCAGUUAAAGAUGGACUCAUUGUGUAUGAAGAUUCGCCUUUGGUUAAAGCAGUAAAGUUGGGUCAUGUUCUGGUAGUAGAUGAGGCAGACAAAGCCCCAACAAAUGUCACUUGUAUUUUGAAAACUCUAGUGGAAAAUGGAGAAAUGAUUUUAGCAGAUGGAAGACGCAUCGUUGCAAAUUCUGCUAAUGUGAAUGGAAGAGAAAAUGUUGUAGUGAUUCAUCCUGACUUUAGGAUGAUUGUUCUGGCCAACAGACCUGGAUUUCCUUUCUUAGGCAAUGACUUCUUCGGCACCUUAGGUGACAUAUUUAGCUGCCAUGCAGUUGACAACCCCAAGCCCCACUCGGAGCUUGAAAUGCUCAAAAAGUAUGGACCAAAUGUGCCUGAACCCAUCCUUCAGAAGCUUGUGGCUGCUUUUGGGGAGCUGAGGAACUUGGCUGACCAGGGCAUUAUUAACUAUCCUUAUUCCACAAGGGAAGUGGUCAGCAUUGUCAGACAUUUACAGAAAUUUCCUACUGAAGGUCUCUCCAGUGUGGUCCGGAACGUGUUUGACUUUGAUUCCUACAACAACGACAUGAAGGAGAUUUUGAUUAAUACUUUACACAAAUAUGGGAUACCUAUUGGAGCAAAACCUACAAACGUGCACCUGGCAAAGGAGUUGCCUCUGCCAGAGCAGACCUUCAUGGGCUACUGGACAACUGGCCAUGCAAGCAAUGGAAAGCAAAAACUCUUGUGUCCAGCAGAAACUCGUCUUAUAGACAUAAAGGCAAUGAAAAAUGAGACAAAUACUCUGUAUGUAGCUGCAUGCAAUCCUGUUUCCUUAUACUUUAUGAAUAUGAGUGAGAAAAGUGGCUUCUUUGUGGACUUAUUUGAUAUCUUCCCAAGAAUGGCCAGUGGAGUUUGGCAUCCAUUUGUGACAGUGGCACCACUGGGAAGUCCUCUCAAGGGUCAAGUCAUUCUCCAUGAGGAGCAGAGUAAUGUCAUCCUCUUAUUAGACACCUUUGGGCAGACCAUUCGCCGUCUCAUCGUCCCCUCAGAAGAAGAGGUACCCAAGAGAUCAUCCUGGUGGAGCAAGGAGGAAGGUGAAACUUAUAAAAUGUGUAAAGAGUUUUCCCAUAAAAACUGGGUAGUAUUCUACAAAGAAAAAGGGAAUAGCUUGACUGUCCUAGAUGUUUUAGAAGGGCAGACUCACACCAUCGCACUUCCUAUCAGCCUCAAGACGAUUUUCCUUGUAGCAGAGGACAAGUGGCUGCUGAUGGAGAGCCAAACAAAUCAAAAAUAUCUUUUAACAAAGCCGGCACAUAUUGAGUCUGAGGACAGUGAGGUUUGCCAGCUCUAUGUCUUGAAGGAGGAGCUGCCUACCACUGGGUUUGGAGUUACCCAAGAAAGAGAACGUAGCAUGCCCCAUAAAAUUUCAAGGGAUCAACUAUCAUCUGAAAAUCUAAGUUCAGCUGUGGGACAAAAGAUCGCCUCUCCCAACCGAGUUCUCUCAGAUGAGAACAGUUAUGCUACCAUAGUGGUUGGUUUUCCAGAUCUCAUGUCACCCAGUGAAGUGUAUUCUUGGAGGAGGCCAACAUCUCUGCAUAAGCCAAACGUGACCAGUACAUCAUUCUAUGGAGAGAAGAAGAAGAAAGAUGGGACUCCAAAACAGAGCAAUUGCGUGACUCUUUUAGAUCCUAAUCAGGUAGUCAGGAUUUUGCCCCCAGGAGAAGUCCCUUUAAAAGACAUCUACCCAAAAGAUAUUGAGCCUCCAGAGACAACUGGUUAUAUAGAAGUCACUGAUCUUCAAUCGAAAAAACUCCGAUACAUCCCUGUUCCCAGAUCAGAAUCUCUCUCGCCUUAUACCACAUGGCUGUCGACUAUUUCAGACACAGACGCGCUGCUGGCUGAGUGGGACAAAAGUGGCGUUGUUACGGUUGACAUGGGAGGCCACGUGAGGCUGUGGGAAACUGGACUUGAACGGCUGCAGCGGUCCCUCAUGGAGUGGAGAAACAUGAUUGGGCAAGAAGGCGACAGAUAUAUGCAGAUAACAAUCAACAGAGAUAGCGAUGAAGACGUGAGCUCCCCCAAGCACGGGAAGGAGGACCCAGACAACAUGCCCCAUGUAGGCGGCAAUACUUGGGCUGGUGGAACAGGGGGAAGAGACACUGCAGGGCUCGGGGGCAAAGGCGGCCCUUACCGGCUGGAUGCAGGCCACACAGUGUACCAGGUCUCUGAUGCUGAGAAGGAUGCAGUUCCCGAGGAAGUCAAGAAGGCUGCGAGAGAGAUGGGCCAAAAAGCGUUUCAACAAAGGCUAAAGGAGAUUCAGAUGAGUGAAUAUGAUGCUGCCACUUAUGAAAGGUUUUCAAGUGCUGUUCGACGACAGGUGUCCUCCCUCCGAAUCAUCCUGGAUAAUUUACAGGCCAAAGGUAAAGAAAGACAAUGGCUAAGACACCAAGCUACCGGGGAACUAGAUGAUGCCAAGAUCAUCGAGGGUUUGACCGGAGAAAAAGCCAUCUACAAACGUCGGGGUGAGCUGGAGCCACAAUUGGGCAGCCCACAACAGAAACCCAAGCGUCUGCGCCUGGUGGUGGAUGUGUCUGGCAGCAUGUACCGCUUCAAUGGGGUGGAUGGCCGGCUGGAGCGCUCUAUGGAGGCUGUGUGUAUGGUCAUGGAAGCCUUCGAGCACUACGAGGAGAAGUUCAAGUAUGAUAUCACUGGACACUCUGGAGAUGGCUACCACAUUGACCUAGUUCCAGUAGACAAAAUCCCGAAGAACAAUAAGCAAAGAUUAGAAAUUCUGAAGACAAUGCAUGCCCAUUCACAGUUCUGCAUGAGUGGAGACCAUACACUAGAGGGGACAAAACAUGCCAUCAAGGAAAUUGUCAAAGAAGAAGCUGAUGAGUAUUUUGUCAUAGUCUUGAGUGAUGCAAAUCUGUCACGAUAUGGGAUACAUCCUGCAAAGUUUGCUCAGAUCCUGACAAGCGACCCUCAAGUAAAUGCUUUUGCAAUUUUUAUUGGAUCUUUAGGUGACCAAGCAACCAGACUUCAGAGAACCUUACCAGCUGGCCGGUCUUUCAUUGCCAUGGAUACCAAGGACAUCCCUCAGAUUCUACAACAGAUCUUCACCUCUACAAUGUUGUCCAGUGUUUAAGAAAUUCCCUUUACUACCCUAAUGACCCUAGGAUUUUAAAUGGAAUAGGAAUUAAGAGUAUUCUGAAAAGAAGAUAAAUAUAAGUUGAACCCAUGCAGUAACUGUAAUUCUGGCGUUUCUGGCUCUUCUUGUACCUUGUUUGGUAAUUGGACUUCAGAAAAGCAGUUAAGGGAGUUGUACAUGGAAACUGACAACCAUUGAGGGGUCUGCAGGUCCUCAGAAGAAGCGAUUUUAUAAAAGGUCAGGGUUAAAAAGGUGGUCUAAGAAUUACAGCCUUACUUUUGCCUUAACACAUCAUCUGUCACUGCAGAUGAGAACAGAGACUCCAUAGAACUGAGCCAUUGAAGCUACACGUGGAUGCCACCUAACAUGUUUUUAUCUAGUAAUUAUCUUUAUUUUUUUCCCCUUUGUAUUGUCCAGCAGACAAUUUUUAUUUCAGUGGGUAGUUAACCUACUGAAAAGUUGUUCCAAAAGCAAUAUUUUAUAAAACGUUGGAUUUUCUCAGUAAUUCCAUUUUCUUGACCAAAGCCAAAAGGAAUCAAAAGAUUGCCAGAGUGCUUGCUUUCCCAUGUGACUUUUAAAAAGCUCUUUUAAUAAUGAAGAGCAAAUGUCAGAUUCUUUCUGCUACCUGAGUAGAAGGAUAAGGGUAUCUUGCCUCAAAUUUCCUGGUUCUUGUCCUUCUAGUGCUUCUCAAAAGCCCCCCAUUACUAUGGUUUGGCAUUUAAACAGUGGUCAAACUAACAGAUGUUUGUAGGAGAAGCUAUUUAUUGAGAAUAUUCACGUAGAAAUUAAACAUAAAGUGAAAAGCAGUAUUUUGAGUUGAACAGCAAUUGGGGUUUUAUUUCACUAUUUUUUUUAAAAAAAGAAAGCUUUUUGCAGGCCCAGUCCAUUUUUCUUGCAAAAUAAUAAGGAACAAGGUAUUAUUCCCGCCCACUCUUGUACUGACCUUUGUUGCAGUUUGAAAAUCAUAUGAAAAAGUGAUGAACUCAGAAACACUGUUGUGUUGUGUGCAUCUUAUGAGUUGGAAAAACUAGUCUUGUUAAUAAUGUUACCUUCUUUACCUUUUUACACUCAGAUUCUUCCACCUUAUAAUUUUAUUUUAGGUAAUUAUAGAUAAAAGAAAAGAUAUGUCUAUUUAUUUGUUUCACAAGCUUAUUUCAUGCUCAUCAACUGUAGAAGAAGAAGCCACAAAAACAAGGGUUGGAGGUGUAACUCAAUGGUACAGUGCCUACCUAGCAUGUGCUAGGUUGGGGUCACUCCCAGUGGAGGGGGGGGAAACAUUUUAAGAAAAGAAAAAGCAAUCAGAUUUCCAAUAUGGUAUAAUUACCCAAUAAGUCUGCAGGGUUUGUCUUGUUUUUCUAGCCAGAUGUUUGCUCUGUGAAUUAAAUCAUCCAAUGAUGCUAUUUCAGUCCAGUAAGUAUCUUUAAAAUGUAAUGUCACUAUUAAUACCAAUGACAGCUCAGGUUUGCUGAUUAUUAACUGUGCAGCAGUAAUCUGCUGACUAAUGUUAUGCAUUAUUUCACUCCAUUCUCUCAACAGGGCAUGAAAGAUGGUUACUUUUUUUUUUUAAGAUGGUUACUUUUUAUUCCAUUUUACAGAUAAAGAAGGUGAGAUUUAGAGAAAUUGAUAACUUUCCCAAGGUCCUAGACUUAAACAGAUCUUCACCUAUUCUUUGUACUAUUAACACCUUCAUUUGACAAACAAAGAACAGAAGCUUAGAAAAGUUCACAAAAAUUCAGUCAGGGAGCAGAGCUAGAUGCCCUGCCCUGCCACUCCAGAGUGCCUGUGUGGCCGGCCCACCUCAACCCCAUCGCAUGGCAUUGUGCACUGUCCUACACAUAGCUCCCGCUGCUUUAGUCUUGGCUCUUCCAGUGUGCUUUCACUUCCUGUAAAUUUUCCAUAUUUUCCGAACCUUUUCCCCUUGUCCUCAGAAGCUUUAUAGGCACACAUUUGAGCAUUCAGAGGUGUGGAGCCUGGGGUGUUGGACAGUAUAGGGAGACACUACUGACUGUUCCUUUCUUCCUGAGCACACCAGUGACCUGAGAAAGUGCCCAUCCAAGUGGUAACUUAAUCCCAAAGAAGGUCCUUUGCUAGUGGGUCACUGCCCCUGAAAAGCCUUUGGAAGUUGAAUCCGAAAAUGAUUAAAGAAAUGAGCUUUUAACAAGUCCUCCCCAUGCAUAACUACCUGAGUAAGCAGAAACCUUUGUGUGUGUGUGUGUGUGUGUCUGUGUGUCUGUGUGUCUGUGUGUCUGUGUGUAUGUGAAAGAAUGUUCUCCAGUAAUUUAAUUUCCCUUUUCCUAGUAGCCAGACCUCCUUUGCAAGUGUUAUUAAAAAAAGAAAAUAGAACUCCUGACUUUUCUUAUUUGUAAAAACAGAAGCUAGUGUGGGAGGAGAGGGAGAAGAUGGUUUGUUUUCAUUUCUUGGAAUACCUAUGAAGUAUAUGGGCUUAUUAUUAAAUGAACUUAAUUAGAGGCUCCUCCACACUGUUCCCAGGCCCUUCUGAGGGCCUGGACAUUAUAAUAAAUGCAUUGUAUAUCUCCAGGGGAUUCCCUUGAAAGGCAUCUAACUCCUGUCUCAGCAGCAGCAGCAGCGAACAUAUGUAAUGCUGAGAAGGUUCAUUGUUAGGUCUGAGCAGCCAGGAGGAAUGAAUGCUGUGAAUAGCCGCAAUACAGGACUUGUGUUCCCCUGGAAUCCUUUGUGUGCCCCAACAAGAUGACCUCAUCACAGAUGAAAUGGCUCCAGUGCAGCCAGAGCAGGAGGUCUGAACGGAACACAUGAGAUGUUAGGAAUGAAUCAUUUAAUUCUCUACACUGCAGCCUUUCUUGUGAACUAUCAGAGGAGGAGGAAUCCAUCAAUGCCAACAAGAUUUUCUCUAAACAAACUCUAGGGCUUUGAAAGCCAUUCACAAGUAAUUUUCUGAACACAGCAUUGUCAGAGUUCCUGAAAGGCCUGUAUCUCGCUCCUUAUUGUACCUGUCAGAGCACCCAAAAUUCAAUUCCUUGGUAAGUAUAAUGGAGAGAAACAAGGAGGGAAAAAAAGGGGAUGCUUACUUACUCAUUUCAUUUCUCUGUUUGUAUCCAGUAUCAAUUACAAGAGACAUUCUACAAAUUCUAAACCAGCCUCUCUCACUUGUAUGACUUCUUUCUGAAAUUGCUCCUCAGGAAUAGUCAGAUGCCAUUGUACUAAGUAAGUUUUACAUAGCAUUUUCAUCUUUCUCAGAAAAUAAAUGUCUACUUUUAGUUUUUUUUCUGGCCAGUAAAUAUAUGACUUCAGAUUUGGUGGCCCAUAACUGUAAUCCUAGGACUUAAGAGUCUGAGGCCAAAGGCUCACCAGUUUGACGCCAGCGUGUGCUACAUAGUGAGUUUAUAAAUUUAAGGCUACUGGAUUACAGAGUGAAACCUUGUCUCAAAAACAAAAUAAAAACUAAGAUGAAAAGCCCAUUUUCAUGUA